UACUUCGUGCUUCUAUCGUGAAUGACAGUUCGUUGAACUUGUUUUUGUGCGCAUUUCUCAAUCUCAAAUGUUCUGAUUUUUUGUGUGGGGAGAGAAUAAUCGUCAUUUCCUCCAAUUGAGCUCGUUUUAUUUUCUUCGUAAUCAAUUAUUUUACUAUUAAUGUGUUGCUGUUCGGUCUCAUGAAAACAAGAUGUCGAAGAUAUUCACACCCACCAACCAAAUUCGUUUGACGAAUGUGGCGAUCGUUAGGUUAAAAAAAGGUGGUAAACGAUUUGAAAUAGCAUGUUACAGGAACAAAGUAUUGUCGUGGAGAAAUAAAGUAGAGAAAGAUAUUGACGAAGUUCUACAGACACACACCGUGUUUACUAAUGUUUCCAAAGGACAAGUGGCUAAGAAAGAGGACCUUGUUAAAGUGUUUGCCAAGGAAGACCUAACUGAAAUAUGUAAAGAAAUUUUAGAAAAAGGCGAACUACAAGUGUCGGACAAAGAGAGGCAUUCUCAAAUUGAAUCCUUGUUUAAAGAUAUUGCAACUACUGUAGCUGAUAAAUGCAUAAAUCCAGAAACUAAAAGACCAUAUCCUGUCUCAAUUAUAGAAAAAGCAAUGAAGGACAUUCAUUUUUCUGUAAAUGUCAAUAAGAAUGCUAAACAACAAGCUCUGGAUGUAAUUCAGUUGCUCAAGAAAGAAAUACCUCUUGAGAGAGCUCAAAUGAGAGUCAGGAUUCAUCUUACAGGCAAAGAUGCACGGAAGACUAAAGAAAAAGUUGUUAAAUUAACAACAAGUGUUGAAGAAGAAAGUUGGGAUUCUGGAAAUGCCAACAUAAUUUGCCUUAUUGAUCCAGGGAAUUUUAGGAAUUUGGAUGAAUUAGUAAGGACAGAAACUAAAGGCAGUGGCCAAUUUGAAUUACUAAAUUUAAAGGAAAUGGUUGAAGGAGAGCAAGCACUGUAAUUUUAACUACAGCUUAUUACCAAACCUGGGAUAACUCUGGGCACGUUCUAGGGAUUUGAUGUUGAUAAAUAAGAUGUCGAAUUGUCGAUAUAUUUUAAUACAUAUGUGCUGACUGAAUAAUCCUCGAUUACUAAAAAGAGGUUCAAUAUCAUGUCUGAUAUAGAGCCUCUUAAGAUAAUAAAAGUAUAAUGAUGUAAAUUCCAUCAAAAUAAUCACACUAUGAAAUCAAUUUGAAAAUAAAAUAAUAAUACACUUAGUGUAUUUAUUUUAAAAUCCAAAUAAAAUAAUAAUAUUUAUUUAUGUUGAGUAACAUCUAGAUGUUGACAGUAACAUUGAUAUACAUAUUUAAGUGUCGAUAAAAUAUUUUGCUACCUCACCUUAGUAUAAGUGCCUCAAGUUAUCCCAGGUAUGCUUAUUACUAAGUGGAAUUUAACUUGUUCUUAUUUGGUUGUGUAAUAAAAUUAUUACUGA